CUUCCAGGAGUCAAGUCAUUCCCGAGCAGUCUUUAUAUUUCUCCUGGAGGAGUCAAUGGAUCUCUUAACCAUGAAGACGUUCUCCACCAUCAUCGUUGCGACCUCAAUAAUGGUCGCAAUGGUACAUGGCCAGAUUGUGUCACAACCGAUGCAGGACUUUUUGGGGCAUACCGAGAAGCCAGGAGAGAUCAUCCCUGGCACUAAUCUCACGAUCUCGUUCAUUAUUAACGCCGCUGGUGGUAUAUGGCAGCAGGGGCGUGCCAUUGAUUCGAUUGCCUAUGCUUGCAAGCAUAUCCUACCGUAUCUAGGUUCGAAAAUACCAGUGGUAGACCAGACAAGUCUGUAUUGGGGUUUCCUAUGCGAUGAAGCCGUCAAAGCUUCCAAUGACCUGGAUGCCUUUGACGCGAUUGGACUGUGUGACACGUUAACUUCAAUGUUUACAGGCUUAACAUCUGAAAACGAAACUCUUGAGAUAAAUCCAGAUCCUCCCCAGGGUGGCGAUCCUUUCAAUAUCCUGCAAAUCCUGACCAACAUCACCAAAGACCUCUAUGGAAUCGACAUCAACAUGAUCAUCAACGACCCAUCUACAAUCAGCACCAUCUGCACCAACGUCAAGGAGAAUUUCCUGAGACCAUCUCUGCCAGGUAUCAUCUCUCAGUUCGGGGUUGAGAUGAUGGGCGCUUUGUUUCCUGAAUUACUGGUUCCGAUCUGCCAAGACUGGGAAUCGUUCCUGCAGUUUCUCGGGAUAGAAGACUCCGCCUCUCCCUAUUAUCCAAUCAUCCAGCAGGCUGCUCUCACCGCGUCGGAAGCGGUCGGAUAUGGCAGCAGAGAGAAUCUUUGUCUUGCUAUAAUAGAGCAGGAUACGUCACUACAAGAGGAGAGAAUAUUCUCAAUUGAUGCGAUCACCAACAUUUUAACUAUCCCCGAGGAUGCGAUCAGAUGUACCAAGUUAGCGAACGACACAAUCAACGGCAUCAUCAACCCGAUCCUGCAAUUGGAGGCGCCAGAUGCCUUCCAACUUACCGAUGGCACCAUCUACCAAACCACCGGAUUUCAUGGAGUUACAGAUCUCUGUACUAACGUCGAAGUCGCUUUCACUAAUGUAGUCGAACUCCCAGCGCCACACCCAGUUCAGCUCAUCCCUGGAACCAGCCUGACCGUUGAGUUCUUCAUCGAUGCCGCUGGAGGAAUCUGGCGCCAGGACAGACUCAUUGACUCACUGGCCUUCGUAUGUAACGACGCCCUCCCUGACCUUGAGUCCAUGGUACCUGAUAUUGUUGCAUUUUCCCAGUACUACCAAUCAAUAUGUCAUCAGGUAGACGCAGCUGCCAGGGACCUGAGUUCUUUCGACGUGACAGGAUCUUGUAACAACAUAACCGCGACGAUCACCGCUUUGGUAUCUGGAGUAACCGCUGACCGACGUCGCAGACAGGUAGACCCAUUCAUGGAAGAUCCACUCGGCAUCAUUGAACUCCUUGCGAACACCACCAAAGACCUCUACGGAAUCGACGUCAACGAUCCUUCAACUAUCUGCCCGAAUGUCGCUCAGUUCCUGAGGUCGUCUCUGCCUGACCUGCUGUCUCAGUUUGGUGCGGAGAUGAUGGGUGCUUUCCUAGAUCAGGCAGCGCCAUUCUGCCAGGACUGGGAUGGUCUCCUUUUGACCUUUGGGAUAGACAGCUCAUCCCCUUUGUAUCAAAUCCUUCAGAGUGCGUAUGAAUUUGGAGCACAAGCGGUUGGAUAUGACAAUAGACAAGACAUGUGUUCUGCUCUUGACCAAGCACUUGCUGUACAAGAUGAUGGCACAGCGCGGCGAACAUUUGCCAGAAAUAUCAUCGAGAACAGCUUUGACGUCUUCACAAGCAGUAGCGUGUGUUCCAUGCAAAUCAACGGCGUCAUCAAUGACAUCAUCGAACCAAUCUUUCGUUAUUAUGUGAUCUAUCGUUACACUGGAUUCAUGGGAGUGGAGGGGAUAUGCAAUGCCACGGCGAAAGCAUUCACCAAGGACCCUGGGAGUACGGUAAUGGUCACGGUCUCUGUUGAAGCCAUCAACGGUCAAGCCCUGGUCUAUACACCUGACCUAGCUGACAGAGAGUCGGCACGCUUCCAGGAGCUGAGGAGACUCUUCUGCGAAGGGACCAAGAACCAUAUUACAUCUGAGUUGGGACCUGAUCUCCAGAGAGUGAACUGUGAGGUCUUAGAGUUUAGACCAGGAAGCGUGGUGGCUGACAUGCAGGUCGAGGUGCAAGCCCCCACUCAAGAAGUCGCCGAUUCUCUGGCUCAAAAUGUGGUCGACCUCGCCGGAAGUGAUAACCUGACCCUCUCCGCGAAUGGAGAGACACUCUCAGCAUCUGCGCUUGCAGUAGCUGAGCCUGUGGGAAGUAUCGUCAACAUCACUGUUACUGGUGAGAGCCUGGACGGUGUACAACUUGACUUCACUUCUGAACUAGCCAAUAAGGAGUCCGCUCUCUUCAUGCAACGUCAGAUGUUGUUCUGCGAUGGGAUGAAAAACUUUGUCAUGAGCAACGUAGGGUCAUCUCUUCUAAGCAUGAACUGCGGUGUUUCUUUGUUUCGUGCUGGCAGCCUGAUUGCAGAUUUAUGGAUUGAAUUAUUCGCUGUCAGUCAAACUAAUGCUGAUUCCCUUGCUCAAGAUGUCACUGACCUAGCAUCUGCUACCAACAAUACCACCCUCACUGCUGGCGCUGAGUCACUCUCUGUGUCUUCCCUGUCCCUGACAGUCACCACCACAGAGCCAUUUGGAAGUAUCGUCAACGUUAUUGUCACUGGUGAGAGCCUGAAUGGUUUGGAACUUGCCUUCACUUCUGACCUAGCCAAUCAGAGUUCCACUCUCUUCAUGGAACGUCAGACCUUGUUCUGCGAAGGGAUGAAAAACUUUGUCAUGAGCAACGUGGGGUCAUCUCUCUUAAGUGUGAACUGCGUGGUUUCAGCGUUUCGUGCUGGCAGCCUGAUUGGAGAUUUAUUGGUGGAAGUAUUCGCUGCCAGUCAAGCUGAUGCUGACUCUCUUGCACAGGUUCUUACUAAUAUAGUGUCUGCUACCGACACUACGACCCUUACCGCUGGCGCGGACUCCCUCUUCGUUUCUUCCAUGUCUCUGCCAGGCACCACCACAGCUCCGGACGCAGAAGAGCCCGAUGAGGGCGGUCUCUCGGUCGGGGCACUUGUCGGCAUCAUCGUAGGUGUAAUUUGUUUUCUGAUCAUCUUCGUCGUGUUGUUUACCUGUUUCCUUAUGGCCCAGAACAUGAGACGUCUUCAAGCAGAACAGAUGAUGAGGGCAAACAUAGAGCGAGGAAAACAAAAUGGCGGUUUCUCUCAUGAUAACGGAACCUACAACACACCACGAUACGUGUAUGGAGUGAAUGCAGGGUAUGAUCGCUCACAUCUUGAUCGCAAGAUGUAUGGAUCUAAGCAGGAAUGGGAGAAGAACAGCGUCGCACGCAAUCCAACUUUCCAUAAGUGAAUUAAUAUUGCAGAUUCCAGAACUUCCACGGAAUCCAGGUCAACGGUACCUUGCUCCGCAUCUCCCUCUCUCUCUCUCUCUCUCUCUCUCUCUCUCUCUCU